AUGGAAGAGAGGAUUUUUGAGUUCAUGGGAGAAGGAUUUGUUGGACUUCACUUUACGGUGGAGACAAAGCUGGAGUCUCUAGGCUCAAGGAUGAGUGAUAUUGAAAAGAACCAGCGGCUUUUGAGAAGAAGGGCUGAGAAAAUAGAAGACAUGCUAACUUCUAUUGAGAGUAAGGUGGAGCCAAGUCAUGGUGAAGACAUGGAUUUUCGACAGUGGGACUAUGGUACACAUGAAGAGAAUGACAAAGCUAAUUCUGAGAAGGACAAAGCUAAUGCUGAGCAAGAGGCUGGGAAAGAGAAGGAUAACAUCGAGAAUACUGAGCAAGAGGCUGAGAGAAAAAAUGAAAACAGUGAUGAAAAAGAAGGUGAAGAGAAAGAGGCUGAUGACAAUGCUCAGCAAGAGGGUGAGAAGGAGAAGGAAAAUAGUGAGGCUGAUGAGCAAGACAAAGAAGACAGUGAGAGUGAGAGUGAGACUGAUGAGUUGAAGAAAUUGAAGGAGAGAAGUAGAGCACUAGCUGAUAAACUGUGGAAGGAAAUUGAAGCGGUUGAAGAAGACGUUGGAGGGAAACAGGAUGAAGAAGAAGGUGAAGAGAAAGAGGCUGAAACCAGUGAGGUAGAGAAGGAGAAUAGUGAGGAUGAUGAGAAAGUUGAAGAAAAAGUGGUGGAAUCUGAGGCUGAAGGGGAAGAUGAUCAAGAAGAGGUUGGAGGGAAAGAUGAUCAAGAAGAAGAAGUUGAAGGGAAAGAGUCUGAAACCAGGGAGCAAGAAAAGGAGAAAAGUGAGACUGAUGAGGUGGAAUCUGAGGCUCGGGAGGCAGAGAUAGAAAAAAGAACUCCGGCACCACCACGUGGGAAUCAGACAGAGGGAACUCCCAAAGAUGAUCACAAUGAGCCUCGGGUUGAGACGAAUAUAACCUAUGAAACUCCAACACCACCACGUGGGAAUCAGACAGGGGGAACUUCCACACCACCACGUGGUAAGACUAAGGCAAUGGCUGCGAGGAGACUAGUGACAAAGCCUAUGGAGGAAGAACCUGGAAAAGGUGAGAAAGUUGUGGAAAAAGUGGUGGAAUCUGAGGCUCGGGAGGCAGAGAUAGAAAAAGGAACUUCGACACCACCACGUGGGAAUUAG